ACAGAGUCAUUUGGCGUGGGCGCAAGCCUCUGUCCUGCCUUGCCUGCUCCCAGGAGACAGCUUUCCUAUAAAAGGGCUGACAGCUCAGCUUCUCUCACUGGGGGAGUGGAGAGCGGGGGGACCAUGGACAUCGUCAGUGUCCAGCAGUUGGUAAGUGGAGAAAGACAAGAAGGGAAAGUGUUAGGAUGUGGACAUGAAGUUCCUGAUCCUGGAGGCUGGCCGAGCGACUGGAGGCGGGGACCUCAGGAGGCCGUGGCCCGGGAGAGGCGGAAAGUGGAAGAAGAGAAGAAGAGGAGACUUGAGAGAUUUAACAGUUCCAGAAUUCAUCUGGACAAUCUGGCUGACUUGGAAAACUUGGUUCAAAGACGAAGAGAAAAACUACUGAAACGCAGAGUUCCCCCCAGGGCACCUGAGCCCAUGGUUAAGCUGCAGCCCCAGACCCAGCUGGAGUCCGUGGACCUGGAUACGUUCCUGAAGGCAGCUGCUGAGAACCAAGAGGCUCUGAUUAACAAGUACCUGGCAGAUGGAGGGGACCCCAGUGCCCAUGACAAGCUCCACCGCACAGCCUUGCACUGGGCCUGUCUGAAGGGUCACAGCCAGCUUGUGAACAAGUUGUUGGAGGCAGGAGCCACUGUGGACGCUCGCGACAUGCUGGACAGGACACCUGUGUUCUGGGCCUGCCGUGGAGGACACCUGGACAUCCUAAAGCAGCUACUUAACCAGGGAGCCCAGGUCAACGCCCGGGACAAGAUCUGGAGCACCCCCCUGCACGUGGCCGUGCGCACAGGGCACUGUGAGUGUCUGGAGCACCUCAUCGCAUGUGGGGCCCACAUGGACGCACAGGACAAGGAAGGGGACACAGCUCUACAUGAGGCUGUGCGGCACGGCCACUACAGAGCCAUGAAGGUGCUGCUGCUCUACGGAGCCCAGCUGGGCAUGCAGAACCAGGCUUCUCUCACCCCAGUGCAGCUGGCACGAGACUGGCAGCGGGGCAUCCGGGAGACUCUGCAGGCUCAUGUGGGGCAUCAUCGUACCCGAUGACAGCAGUCCUGCAGGGCCACUCAGCCACCAUUGCGUCCUUGUCCCCUCUGCUCCCCGUCCUCACACCUGUGGUUCUGACCCCUGUCCCGAUGGCUCCCAAGCGGCCCUGUCAGGACUGGGAGCAGCUGGGAGUCCCAGCCCCACCCCAGCGCCCAAUCUCAGGGAUGAGCUCUCCCUAAGAGGGUGCCAGCUAGGGAGGGCUGCCACAGAGACCCCGGAGGGGUGGGGCCAGCAGGAAACAAGGUGGGUCCCAAAGAGGGAGGUGCAGUGCAGGUGACUGGGAGCCUGGGCUGGAGCACAGGCGGAGUCCUAAGCCUCCGUCCCCACAGGGGCAUUUCCUGUCGGGUGGUGGCUCAGCCACUAUCCAGGCCACAGAUUGCAGGCAUUGUGCAGCUGACUGACACCUUGGGCAGGGGUUUCUCAGGGACUCCAUUCCUAUCAGCAGCAACCCUGAUGGCGUCUGGACCCCAGCAACUUUGGUCUUAGGGACUCUGGUGUUGGGGCUAGAGGGCUGCUCAGCAGGUCUGAGGCCUACUACCCCCCAGUUGCUAUAGAAGCCCUAAGACUGAGGAGCUGGAGCUAAUACCUUAGGGAACCCUAUGCCCACUGUCUGAAGGCUUCGGUUAGGCCUGCCCAACACUCUCUAGCUGACCAGCUGGUGGCUCUCCUUGUGGGGUGCAGGGGGCUGCUUGUGGCCCACUCAGCUUUUGGGGAGGUGGCUGGUGAUCCUAUUUUGCCUCAGGCGCUAAUGCUGCCCUGGCAUUGGAGCGUGAGCUCUGGCCUGGCCCCCGCAGCUGGUCUGCGCUGUCCCACCUCCAAGGUGGGACACCAAGCUCUGCCCACAGGGGAGGCAGAGGAACACUUGUUUCUGCACCCAACUGCUAAUUGGGAGUCUGUGUAGGACCUAGCUCCACACAGGCUCUCCUAACGGAUCCGCCCACUAUGCUUCAAGUUGUGCUGGUGUAGACAUGCUCCUGGCAGGGCUGGGUCCUUAAAUGCCAAAAAGUUGAACAGCUGUAAGGUGAGGGAGGGCUUCUUGAUGAAGGUUUAGCCCUCUUCACACAUUAAGGCACCUGGGCUGCCAUCCAUCUGCAGCAGUCAUUAGUCUAACGUCAGUGACCUCAGGUCAAGGACGAGGCUGGAACUUACUCUGUGAAAAAGCUGACUAGAGCCCCACAGCUUCCUUUCCCUUGGGCAGCCCCUGCCCUGUGGGGACAGAGCCAGCGUUUACCCAGAUGCUGGGGUCCAGGGAGAAACAGGUACUCUAGUCCAUGGAGAAGACGACUCCCCAUCUAGAAAGUGGGGACACAUGUGACAGACAAAAAUACCUUUUUAUACGUUAUCGAUAUUUUGUGUUCAUUAAAACUGGUUGGUUAUCCAUCA